UUUUUGCUAGGUAUUUAUUUAUUUUAGCGCUUUUAGCAAUGAUGUCGACAGAUAAUUAAAACACCCCUCCUUUAAGACGCGAGAUGGUACAGUCGUGUUGACGUUCUGCGCGGGAGCGGAAAACGUGCAUCCGGCGGUGCAAAGAAAGCUUGUGAUCAGGUCCAGCAUGGCUCGAGAUUGGAAACCAGGGGACCUUAUUUUUGCUAAAAUGAAGGGCUAUCCUCACUGGCCUGCAAGAAUCGAUGAAGUCCCGGAUGGGGCUGUGAAGCCAUCCAACAUCAAGUACCCCAUUUUUUUCUUUGGCACCCAUGAAACAGCGUUUCUUGGUCCGAAAGACAUCUUCCCAUAUUUGGCCAAUAAAGAGAAGUAUGCAAAGCCCAACAAAAGAAAAGGCUUCAAUGAAGGAUUGUGGGAGAUUGAGAAUAAUCCAAAAGUUGAGCUAACUGCACCUAAGCCGGUUCCCCCCGACUCCUUUAUGGAGAAGGAUUCCGACAGCAGUCCAGAAGCAGAGGAGGAAGCAGGUGACAAAGAGGUCAAAUCCCAAGUUCCAGGAAGUGAAGCUGAACAUGAGAAUGAAGGAGAGGAGGAGGAAGAUGAUGAAGAAGGGAGCCAUCUGAUGUCUGAGCAGGCUUCUCAGAGUCAGGAUGGAUCAUCUCAGAAAGAAUUGACAGACAUUUCAAAAGCCAAGAAAGGAAGAAAGAAGAAGGGAGACUCCGAACAAGAGAAUGAAAAAGAUGAAGCCCCUGCAAGUCCUGUCAGUCUAUCCGGUGGAGAUCCUCUGAAACGAAGAGGCAGGAAACCCAAAAGUGAGAAGUUGCAUUUGCUUCAGCAGCAAGACCACCAAGGAUCAGGAAGUGAAAUGGAAACAGCGGAACCAGAGAAAAAGAGGAAGAGGGCAUCGGAGGACAAGACCCACAGUGAAGAAGAAAAGAGGAAGAAGAGGGAAGGCAGCAAAGGCAAGGAGGCCGAAGGCAAAGAGCCGGAAGCCAAGAAGAAGAGGCAGUCCAAAGACGACGGCUCGUCUGGCUCAGACGAUGACGAGAAAAACAAAGGCAAUAAAAAACAGCAAAACUCAGAAAUGGACAAAGACGGGCGUCGGCGGAAAGCUGAUGAAGGGAAAGAACCUAACAAAGAUGACGCAAAGAAAACUGAGGGAGGGGUCAAGAAAAAAGAGAUGUCUACUGACAUGAGGCUCCAUAGGCUCCACACAGAAAUCAAAAUUUCCCUGAAAAUAGACAACCCAGACGUUAAGAAAUGUUUGGAUGCUUUAGAUGAGAUCAGCGCUCUUCAGGUCACGACUCAGCAUCUUCAGAAACACAGCGAUCUUAUUUCCACACUUAAAAAGAUCCGCCGAUUUAAAGCCAGUCAAGACAUAAUGGACAAAGCCACCAUGUUGUACAACAAGUUCAAGAGCAUGUUCCUGGUUGGAGAAGGAGACUGUGUGCUCAGCCAAGUGCUCAACAAGUCUUUAGCUGAACAGCGACAACACGAGGAUGCAAAGAAAGGAGCGCUGAAAAAAGUAGAACAAGUCAAAGAAAACGGUCCAGACUCUACAGAAAAGGUGACCAACGGUGAGAUGAGUCCUGAAGAAAAGAAGGAAGAGAUAGAGCAGGAGAAGCUUCUGGAAGACUCCGCAGCAGGAGAAAACCACAGUGGUCCAAAGGCUCAAGAAGAAUCCACCUGAGCAUCCGGCUCACCUGCAGAGACUGGCUGCUGUACUGACACCACCUUUCCUAGAACCGGGUUCCAGAUGAAGUGUUGCUGCUCUGAGGUUUCAGUACAUGAACCACCAACCUCACAAUGACUGACUGCAUAUCCUUUAGACACCUUAUGAUCCGACUUCCAUAGUUAACCCACAACAGAAAUGAGUGAAUGUUUUGGUUCAGGAACUUGUUGGCGCUGUGUGCUUCCCGUUAUCUGAUGCUUGGUUUGUCCUGCUGAAUCUGCUCUGGCCUUAAGUUCACAUGAUUGGGAUUCAUGAGAAUGUCUUAACGGUUGCUGGAUGAGCACUUUGAUGGAUGUAAAACUCAUUUUAAAUGCACAAAAACAAACUGUGGAACUGCCAAAGUCAAAGCUAUUUUUUAAAAUUAUGAUUUUUCUUUUUAGCAUAGAUGUACAGAAGAGUUGUUUCUGUCUGUGUUCUCUUGAAAUAAAGUCAUAGUUACAUUA